GCCACUGCUUCCGUUUUGAUUUGCACUAAAUAUAAAAACAGGCACAUAAAAUGCUGGAGUCGCUCAGUUGGGACAGGCAGCAGCAUCUCUUCUGGAGAAAAGGAACAUGGUCAAGAAUUGUCUUCAGACUUCUCCAGAGAUGUUGUUUGACCCACUGAGUUACUCCAGCAUUUUGUCUCUGUCUUCGGUGUAAAGCGGCUCAUACACAAGCAGUUCCUUCCUGCACAAUAUUGACCUUGUGUUCACUGAAGGUGCUGGUUGAAUGGCGAACGAUAGCGGACAACCUGUCGGAAAAAGCCCAGUUCAUUUUGGUACUGGAGAUCGAGUUGUAGAAAUGGAAGAUUCAGAAGUCGAAAAUCUUGCCACAUCUAUUUCAUCUGAUGUUGAUGCUGAGUUUGAUACAGUCAUUGGGCACAUAGAAGAUAUUAUUAUGGGUAAGAGGAGACAAUAUUAUAGGAAUGAAGAAUUUCAGAUGCUACAGCGGCAUUUUAUGGACAAAUACUACUUAGAGUUUGAGAAUACUGAAGAAAACAAACUUAGUUACACUUCAAUUUUCCAAGAAUAUGUUAAUUUAUUAGAGAAGUACAUUGAACAGCAGUUAAUAGAGAGGAUUCCAACCUUCAAUAUGGCUACAUUUACAACGUCAUUACAGCAACAUAAAGACGAGAUAUCUGGAGAUAUAUUUGACAUGUUGCUGACCUUCACAGAUUUCCUGGCUUUCAAAGAAAUGUUCCUCGACUACAGAAUGGAAAAAGAAGGGCACGGCCUGGACUUUAGUGGAGAUCUCAUAGUGACAUCCUUAUCAAAAUCCUCUUCAUUGUCUCCAGCUUCAAAUAAUCUUCGACAUUUCUAAUAGUGUUGCUGUACAGCUGUCGAGUUCUGCAUUUAUUCCUGUACAGUCACAUAUUCCAGCCACGAUGAAACAGUUUGAUAUGUUACAAUAUUCUCCUGGGAAGGUUCUACAGCCACAAUCUAAAGCUCAAAAGUCUUCAACACCUUUUGCAGAAUCCAACAUCCAAAAAUUCAAGGUAACAUCAGAGACAGUCAAAAUGUUAUGUUUAGGUCAAUUUUCCAGAGUUUUUAGGAGCUGCAAAGACAUUAAAACAGGGGGUAGAUGCCAUUACCUUAUAGGAGAAUUAACUAUAGACUUCAUUGAAGUUGUUGAUUUAAAUGUAGCUACGUUAACUGUGAACUAUUAUCUUGUUUUUAAUAACCUGGCUGGCAAGUCAGUGUAGAUUCUUUUCUAGCUCCCAGGCGAAGUAAUACCAUUGUCCAAUGCCUCUUCUCACUUUUCUUUUGCCCUGAAACUUAUUUUCAGUCACAUGCCCAUCAAUUAUUUUGAUUCUUUUUGACAUUAACCUACACUACAAUGUAAUUAAGCUAGCAGCAUGGCUUGAUAUAUGGGAAGAAAUGGGAGCAACUAAAAGGUAACCCAUAUUGGCAAAGCGAAUAUACAGACUCCACACGGACAAGAUUAACAUUGAACCCUGGAGCUCAGUUGCUCUUGGGCCCAGAGACAAAUGGAACCUUUAAGCAUAGGUUGAAUCAGGUUAUGGUACCUCCUGUGCUUAAAUUAAAAUUAUACCCAAGCUUGGUGUAACACUCCAAUAUUUCCCACGCUGAAAAAAAUAAUUUCAGUGGAAUAAUUCAACAAAAUACCUUUGCCUUAAUAACAUAGUGCAUACAACAUAAUAUCAUAGACACAAAAUGCUGGAGUAACUCAGCGGGAUUGGUAGCAUCUCUGGAUAGAAGGAAUGGGUGACGGUUCGGGCCGAAACGGUCUGAAGAAGGGUCUCAAUCCGAAACAUCACCCAUUCCUUAUAUCCAGAGAUGCUGUCUAUCCCCGCUGAGUUACUCCAGCAUUUUGUGUCUAUAUUCAAUGUAAACCAGCAUCUGCAGUUCCUUCCGACACAUAAUAUCAAAUUAAGUAUCCAUGGUCUUUGGCAUCUUAGAGAAUAGUAUAACAUUUGGAUUUGGUAUCAGUUAAAACACCCAGUACUAUCCUUGUUCAUCCGACUGGUAAUUUGGACAACAUUAUUGACUUUUUUUAAUCCAGUUAAUAGAUGCAAACUCAGCCUUUGUGUUGCUACAGUUCAAAGUGUAAGAACGAAGAUCUUGUUGAGGAAAGUGCAGAGUAUUAUGUUUUAUACGUGAAAAGUGAAUUUGUCUGUUUAGCUCUCGUUUCACUGUGGGUUAUGAAUGUGCUUGCUUUGUAUUUUUCAUAUUUGUACAUAUUUUUAUUUGGAUACAUUUUGAAUAAAUGAUUGCUGAAAUGCA